AUGAAGAUUAAGAAAGGAGCGAGUCGGUUCGCGCGCCAGAUGAAGCCGCAGCAAUCUGCAUCUGGGGGAGAUUCACUGGCGCCGGAGAAAUCGAAGAAAGGGAGAAUUAGAAGGCUGAGCGCCGUUAACAGAGCCAGCAGCUCGAGUUUCGAGGAUUCCCCACCAUCUUCGUUGAUUAUGGGGAAGAGGAAUAAUAAUGGUGACGUGUGUGAUAGAGAUGAGCAGCAGCAGCAACAGUUACCUUCUUCUUCGUCUUCCCCUGUCAGUGGCAAUUAUGUCCAUAGCAAGGGAUUCAAGCUCCCCAGAAAGUUGCUUGAUGGCUGCAAUGGCGUCGUCCAUGCCACUGUUCCAAGGAAGUUACGUUCAGCAAUGAAGAAAAGGAGUAGAGAGUCUAUGUCUCCACCUCUCCCUGGUUCACAGAAGCUGAACCCUGGAACUGCUGGUGACGAAGAAGCACGAAGAGGCAACGGCUUCAAAAGAUCGAGGCUUGGCUUGCAGAAGCAACAGAGUGGGCCAAUUACUAAAGAUGAGGAGGAAGUUGCUGAGGCUCUAUAUGCUCUGGCUGGAAUGUUUCCUGACAAUACCCUUACUGAUAACGAUGCUAAAUUAGAAAACAAUCCUCCAGAUGAAAAUGCUGCAGCUUUGAAGGAUGGUAGAGAGGUUCCAGGCUCUGCAAUUAAAGAGGAUUUGAACUCAAUCCUCAGCUCGAGGGGCAAAAUUCAGGAGGAAACCGCUGACAUUAGCUCUUGGAAGAUAUCCCGAGUCCAGGAUCUUCCUGAAAUCUACAAUGGUAGAAGUCUGGCUGAGAAAAUUGUGAAUCUUGUCGGUCAAGUAAACAUGAACACUACAUCUCUGGUGGAUAAACUUGAGAAGGAAAAGAAGUUUGUCUGCAAUUCGACUGAUGCUCUCAUUCCACUUGAGCCAGUUCUUGAUACAGAGUAUGCUGAUGAUAGACUUCACUUAUCUGGGGUUCUUCUUCGUUAUCCCCUUCUUUUCUCCGAGUUUGCUGUGCAUAAUAUGAUGCUGUUCAACUUGCAGAAAGAAAAAUGGGCCAACCAAGCCAGAACAUUGGUUACUUGGCAGAAUGACAGAGGUUUCCUUGGAGCUGCUUUAGAUCUGUGGCCGGGAUUGUCUUCAGCAGCAUCAAGUGGUGCAUCUUCUAGUCAGAACCCUUCUCUGCAAUGCUCUCCUGCUAAACUUCCUGCUUGGCUGGAUGCUGCAGUAUCAACUUCUAGGCUAGCAGCUUCGCCUUCGAAGGUCAGUGACAGAAGACCAUGGAGGAGAAGCAUGAUUCACGUUUGCAUAAGCCAUCUCAUACAGACUUUACAAACCUCGGAAAGCAAAGACAAACAUCCACCAGCUAUAUCCACUGAGACGUUGAAGCCAGGAUUAUCUAUGACGCUGAAUGACUUCCAUGACAUAAGAAAGGGUUUCACUGAAGUUGCCGCAACAGGUACAAACGAAUCAGCCAGAGAAGGUAUUGUUCUGCAUCAGAGGAGGAUGGGCUCCUGUCAGUCACAACCCACUGUCCUUCCUCUUGGCACAUACAGUUCUCAGAAGCAGCAGAGCUUCAAUUUCAUGUCCUUUCUCCAAGCCAAUACAAGUUUCAAUGGAGCUACAACACAUCAGACUCAACUUCAUCCAACAACGACAUAUCUCGGCAGGCCACUGUAUGCUCCUCCUAACCUAACAACUCAGCAACUACUACAACACCAUCAGCAGCAACAACAAGCACAAGUUCAGCAAUCUCUUCUGGUGGCAGCUGCUCAGUACAGGGCAGCCAGAGCUUCACCCGGUGCAGCGCCAACCAUGACUCAUCUUUCCACUUGGCAGAACAGGAAGCACGACACAGCACCACCAGCAGGAGCAGCAAUGGCGAUGCCAGCAUACGUCCGAGCCAUUAUAGCCCCACAAGAUCAUCAGCUUCAUGCCAGAGCGAGAAGGCAAGGCGAUGCCUUUUCGUCUGGCUAUGAGCAGGGUGUGGGAAGAGGCGGGUUUAGAGCGAAUGGUGCAGCAGCAGCAACAGCAACAGCAACAGCACUGCCCCUGCAACUACUCUGCGAUGAACGAUUAUGAGAAAAAGGAUUGUUUCACCUGAUCAUGAUUGUUUCAUUCUUUGCCUGUGUGAAAGAAACGCUGGGGAGUAUAGCACUUACCUCUUGUACAGCCGUCUUACAAGGAUGGCAGCGAAUUUACACCGCCAAAAGAUUAUAUAUAAAAUCAAAAUUUUGACUUAUUCUCAUUGUUCACGGCGUUGAUGUCAAUGUAAUGUGCAUGAGGUCCAUGAUGCGUAAACUAAAAUUUAACAUUUGUGUCAUAGACUUUGAUUUCUGAGCUCAUAGUGUUAAUACAAGCCCAAGUAUGUUUAGAACUUUUUUAUCCAACAAUAGGAUUGAACUAAAAAUAAAUCGCAAGCAAUCCAAUUGACCGGAAGAAGUAAUAAUUAAUGAUGUCUUAAUGUCCUUUGAAU